UCCGAGUGGCGGCGGCGCGGGCGGGGUCCAGGCUGCUGCGCGCCCGCCCCGGCACUGCUCGGCCUGCUCGCCAUGGACGACGACGACGUCUCCGCCCGCAAGGGCUCCUUCCGAAAGUUCCUGGAGCACCUCUCCGGGGCCGGCAAGGCCAUCGGCGUGCUGACCAGCGGCGGGGAUGCCCAAGGUAUGAAUGCUGCUGUCCGUGCUGUGGUGCGCAUGGGAAUAUACGUGGGGGCCAAGGUGUACUUUAUCUAUGAGGGUUACCAAGGCAUGGUUGAUGGCGGCAGUAACAUCGUGGAAGCCAACUGGGAAAGCGUCUCCAGCAUUCUGCAAGUGGGAGGCACCAUCAUAGGCAGCGCUCGCUGCAAGGCCUUCCGCACCCGGGAGGGUCGGCUGAAAGCCGCUGGGAACCUGGUUCAGCGGGGCAUCACCAACCUGUGUGUGAUCGGCGGGGACGGAAGUCUCACCGGGGCCAACAUCUUCCGGAAGGAGUGGAGCGGGCUGCUCAAAGAGCUGGCCGAAAAUGGCGACAUCGACAGGGAGGAGGUGCAGGAGCACGCCUACCUCAACGUCGUGGGCAUGGUAGGCUCCAUCGACAACGACUUCUGCGGCACUGACAUGACCAUCGGCACCGACUCCGCCUUGCACAGGAUUAUCGAGGUCGUGGACGCCAUCAUGACCACCGCCCAGAGCCACCAGAGGACCUUUGUGCUUGAGGUCAUGGGGAGACACUGCGGGUACCUAGCCCUGGUGAGCGCCCUGGCCUGCGGGGCAGACUGGGUGUUCCUUCCAGAAUCUCCCCCGGAAGAAGGCUGGCAGGAGAAGAUGUGUGUCAAGCUCUCGGAGAACCGUGCCCGGAAGAAAAGACUGAAUAUCAUCAUUGUGGCGGAAGGUGCCAUCGACACCCAAAAUAAACCCAUUACCUCUGAGCAAAUCAAGGAGCUUGUGGUCACGCAGCUGGGGUACGACACGCGGGUGACCAUCCUUGGACACGUGCAGAGAGGCGGGACUCCUUCGGCCUUUGACAGGAUUUUGGCCAGUCGCAUGGGGGUGGAGGCCGUGGUCGCCCUUCUCCAGGCCACCCCAGAGACCCCGGCCUGCGUGGUGUCGCUGAGCGGGAACCAGGCUGUCCGCCUGCCCCUGGUGGAGUGUGUGCAGAUGACCCAGGACGUGCAGAAGGCCAUGGACGAGAGGAGAUUUAAGGACGCCGUGCGACUCCGCGGAAGGAGCUUCGAGAGCAAUCUGAACACCUACAAGCGGCUUGCCAUCAAGAUGCCAGAUGACCAGAUCCCAAAGAGCAACUGCAACGUGGCAGUCAUCAACGUGGGCGCCCCCGCCGCCGGGAUGAACGCGGCCGUGCGCUCGGCCGUGCGCGUGGGCAUCUCCGAAGGGCACAAGAUGUUUGCCAUCUACGACGGCUUCGAGGGCUUCGCCAAGGGCCAGGUGAGUCCCCGGGGGGCAUCGUGGGGAACGGGGGCCUCCCUUCCAAGGCUUGAAACCUGGGGCCGUGUCAUGUGACGAACGCGGGGCCCA